GCCAAACUUUUACUUGCAUGUCGCACAACACUCGGCGUUGGCUCUAUUGUUUGGUUACCUAUGACCCGCCACCAACGCAGUCGUCUACUUUGCUGGCGCCUAGGGUGGAUGCCCAAUGGACGUGCCGCUGCUAUCUUGCCGCAACUGCCCAGAACACCGCACCUAUCCCGCAUGCAUGUAAUCCUCUGUCUCCAGGCACAUGCACAUGUCAGGCUCAAUACUCCAUCUAUUGUGCUUGAUCCAAUAUCGUUUGUUCUCUACUCGUUCCCAAAGGCACGACCAACCAACGCGUCCAAAAAGCAGUUUUGGAAGAACAUGUGGCAGCAACUGACGACUCUGUUAGCGGAUAUCGACGCCCUUUGCCAC